AGUUCUUUAAAUUCCGCAACUCCCUUCAAAUGUUUUCUGCUUGUAAUGAAAGACGGGGAACAAAAGAAGGAAGAAAGAUCAAGAAUCACCAUUAAAAUCAAGAGAGAGGAUGGCUAGGGUUUUAAGAGCUUCUCUUCUCAGAGCUUCGCAGCUGCUCUCACGGCCAAGAUCCUGCAAGAACCCAGCCUCAAGGUACUCCUCGGAGGCGGCGGCGGCGGCGGCGGAGGCGAAGGUUACGAGGAGUAUCGGAGGGCUUUGUACGGUGGGAUCACGCACAAGGCGGUGCUCGUCGACGCCGUAGGGACUCUCGUCGUCCCUUCUCAGCCAAUGGCGCAGAUUUACAGGCAAAUUGGGGAGAAGUAUGGGGUUAAGUAUUCGGAAGAUGAGAUCUUGGAUAGGUACAGGUGGGCUUAUGGUCAGCCUUGGGGGAGAUCAAGGCUCAGGUAUGUGGAUGACGGGAGACCCUUUUGGCAGUUCAUAGUCAGUAAUUCUACAGGUUGUUCAGACUCUCAGUACUUUGAAGAGUUAUAUCAGUAUUAUACAACUGACAAGGCUUGGCAUCUGUGUGAUCCUGAAGCUGAAAACGUUUUCAAAGCUCUGAAAAAAUCCGGAGUGAAGUCAGCUGUUGUCUCAAAUUUUGACACCAGACUUCGGCCUCUUUUACAGGCUCUCAAGUGUGAUCACUGGUUUGAUGCAAUUGCAGUAUCGGCUGAGGUAGCAGCGGAAAAACCAAAUCCGACCAUAUUUCUGAAGGCAUGUGAAUUAUUGGGAGUGAAUCCAGAGGACGCAGUUCAUGUGGGCGAUGAUCGCAGGAAUGACAUAUGGGGUGCCAGGGAUGCAGGUUGUGAUGCCUGGCUAUGGGGCAGCGAUGUCCAUUCCUUCAAGGAGGUAACAUAAUAUGUCUGAUCUGGACAAUUUUGCCCACAUGUGCCUAAUGUGUCUGCUAUGUUAACUUCCGGCCAUCCUAUUUCCAAAGGUAGUGUACACCUUUCAAGCUUCUAUGUGUCACUUGUUUAUGACAAUGUUUACUAGGUCGUGGUAGUUCUUUAUAAUUUUAAAAGCUCAGAGGGAUUUUCUCUAAUUUAUAAACUUUUGGGGGUUUUCGGCAACCCCCACCGGAGGGAGGGUUGUAAAGUGUAACCCGAAAAUUAAAGAUAACUUUGGGUUCACUGGCUUCUCUGUGUUGUUAAGUGGGGUUGAGGUUUGAAU